AUGCCAGCAGCACCAUCCUCAAGCAAAGCAGGCGCUCCAAGCGGCUCAUCCUCAGCCCCGCCUCCCAAGGCGACCGACUACCGCAGCGCGACGGUGGAUGAUGACGACGACGACGAGGACCUAGACGAUCUGGAUGACGUGCUCGACUCGUUCAACGCACCGUCCAAGCCGGCAACCAAGGCUGCAGCGCCCGCCGCCUCUUCUGCCUCUCCAGCUCCGGCAGCGGGUCUGAGCAGCGGUGGCGAAGACUUCGAGGCCGACCUGAUGGAGGGGAUGGAGUCUCUUCUGCGAUCGCUUGCAAAUGAGAACCCACCCGGUCCGAUGCCAGACGCCCCUAGCGGUGGAGGUAAGGCGCGCGAGGCGACACCCGGUCUGGGCUCGGAGGAGGAAGACAAGGCCUUCCAGCGCGCUCUGGAGAUGAUGAUGUCCGGCGAGGGUUUGGAUGCGAUGGGGCUUAACAAGGCGCCUGUCGCAGGUCCGAGUGCGCGCGGACCGCCGAAGGAGAAGGGCCAGGCGCUCAACUUUGAGGAGACGAUCAAGCGCGCUAUGGAGUCGGUCAACACUGGUGGCGCGGGAGCAGGCGCUGCGGGUGGGCGUGAUGAGCUGCCUGGUGACCUGGCGGCUCUGCUGAAGCAGCUGGGCGAGGACCCGAGCGCACUGGACGGGUUUGGGGAUGAUGACGACGAGCUCGGUGGCCUACUUGACGGCAUGAUGGCGCAGCUCAUGAGCAAGGAGGUCCUCGAGGAGCCUAUGACUGAGCUCGCGGCCAAGUACCCUGCAUAUCUCGAGAAGCCGCCUGCUGGUGUCACUCCCGCCGAUGUUGACAAGUACCGCAAGCAGCACGAGCUCGUCAAGCAGAUCCUUGUCGUUUUCAAGCGGCCGGGUUACACGGACGACCAGGACGGCAAGGUGGUUGCCAAGCUGGUUGGCGAGAUGCAGGACCUUGGCGGGCCACCCAACGAGAUCAUGGGAGAUCUGCCCGAGGGCUUUGACCUCGGAGCGCUUGGCGGUGAGGAGGGAUGCGUGGUCAUGUAG